CUGGAGGCAGCAGGUUUGAGUGCGCACUGCGUUCAGACAACUUGAUCCAGAGUAACAGUAAAUCAGACAGGGCAGCUCCUCCAGCAGCAGCAGUGAAAUUGUAACCCUGUUGCAAGUAUUUUUGGCCGCUGAUAGGACCGAGUGAGAUCACUGCGGUCUGUUUUCUCGGAUAGACUCAAGAGUUGUUCGUCAAGAGCAACGCAAGGGGAGCGGUUGUUACCAGUCUCUUUUUUUCCCUGAUAGAUCGCAAUAUUACAACACACUGGAAAUGUCCGAAAACAAGCCGAAUGAUGAACCGAAGUUAUCUACGACGGACAGGGUGGUGAAAUCUGUCCCAUUCCCUCCAAGUCACCGGUUGACAGCUAAAGAGGUGUUUGACAGCGAUGGGAAGCCCAAAGUGGAUGUGCUGAAAGCCCACUUAACCAAGGAAGGGCGUGUUGAGGAAGGAGUAGCCCUAAGGCUCAUAGGAGAGGGAGCUGCGAUCUUGCGUUCAGAGAGGAACCUGCUGGAUAUUGAUGCUCCUGUGACAGUGUGUGGCGACAUCCAUGGGCAGUUCUUUGACCUGAUGAAACUCUUUGAGGUCGGAGGAUCACCGGCUUCUACUCGUUACCUUUUCCUGGGGGACUACGUUGACAGGGGAUAUUUCAGUAUUGAAUGUGUGCUGUACUUGUGGGCCUUAAAGAUACUGUACCCCAAAACACUGUUUUUGCUGCGUGGGAACCAUGAAUGUAGACAUUUAACAGAGUAUUUCACAUUUAAGCAAGAAUGUAGAAUUAAGUAUUCAGAGAGGGUGUAUGACGCAUGUAUGGACGCCUUCGACUGCCUUCCCUUGGCUGCACUUAUGAACCAGCAGUUCCUUUGUGUACAUGGAGGACUGUCUCCAGAAAUCACAAAUCUUGAUGACAUCAGGAAACUAGACAGAUUCAAAGAGCCGCCAGCGUAUGGGCCCAUGUGCGACCUGCUGUGGUCCGACCCCCUGGAGGACUUUGGGAAUGAAAAGAGCCAAGAGCAUUUUACACACAACACAGUGCGAGGGUGUUCCUACUUCUACAGCUACCCUGCAGUUUGUGAAUUUCUACAUCACAAUAACUUAUUAUCUAUCAUCCGGGCCCAUGAAGCGCAAGAUGCCGGAUAUCGCAUGUACAGAAAGAGCCAGACUACUGGCUUCCCGUCCCUUAUCACCAUCUUCUCUGCACCCAAUUACUUAGAUGUCUACAACAAUAAAGCGGCUGUUCUGAAGUAUGAGAACAACGUGAUGAAUAUUCGACAGUUCAACUGUUCACCUCAUCCUUACUGGCUGCCCAACUUCAUGGAUGUUUUCACUUGGUCCCUGCCUUUCGUUGGAGAGAAGGUGACUGAGAUGCUAGUGAACGUGCUGAGCAUCUGUUCCAACGAUGAGCUGACGACUGACGAGGAGCUGGAUGGUGCCACCGCCUCUGCCCGUAAGGAAGUCAUACGCAACAAGAUUCGUGCCAUUGGAAAGAUGGCCAGAGUCUUCUCUGUGCUCAGAGAGGAGAGUGAGAGUGUGCUGACACUGAAGGGUCUGACCCCGACUGGCAUGCUUCCAUGCGGGGUUCUGGCUGGUGGCAAAGAGAAGCUACAAAAUGAAACCGCAGCUACUAUUGAAGCUAUUGAGGCUGACGAAGCCAUCAAGGGCUUCUCACCUCAGCAUAAGAUCACCAGCUUUGAGGAGGCAAAGGGCUUGGACCGCAUUAAUGAGAGGAUGCCGCCGCGGCGAGAUGCGCUGCCCUCUGACGCCAGCCUCAACUCCCUCAACAAGGCCCUGUCCUCGGAGACCAACGGCACGGAUGCCAAGGGAAGCACCAGCAGUGGCAGCAACAUUCAGUGAAGGCCGGCAGCAGUUGUAAGCUGGGCCCCGCCCCCUGCCUCAUCUCGGCCCACCACAGCAGAAUAGGGGCAAAGGGUGAAGGAGUGGAGAGGGUUGUAAUGUGGAGUUGGGAGGCAUCUGUGGCUCACACUGUUGGGGGGGAGGGACACAUCUCACUUUGCUCGUCUGUGGUUAUGCCUUCAAAUAUUAGUUCAUAGUCAAAUCUGCUAAGUUAUUGCCGGUUCACAUUUCUGCGGCUCAUGCCUUUAGUGUGUCUGAGGCCGUGCCACAUCACAGUCUGCUGCAAGGAAAGGGAAGGAGAGAGAGAGAGAGAUGGAUUCUAAAGGUGAUUUAAUUUCCCUUUUUUCCUCAGAAGACCCUUGCUCAUUCACACCGAAAUGGAAAGUCACGUAACUUCUUACUAACUAUUGUACGUUUACAAAAAUACAGCACUAAAAGAAAAAGGACAGAACAUGAGAUCAUGUUUUUAACAUAUAAGGGUGUACAAACUAAAUAAGGACUAUUUAUUGAUAACUUUUUUUUGCUACUCUUAUAAAAAAAAGCUCUGAAUUUAAUUAGGCAGUCUUAAAAAGAAUGUUGCAAUGUUGUCGAAAUGCCAAAUAAUGGAACGUUUUAUGGUUUUGUACAUAUUAUGCUUACCUCAGGUUCAUUUGGUGUGUGCUUUGACCUGAUUUUUUUUCUGUAUAACGGCUAAAUAACUCGGUAAUGAAUAACUAUUUUCUUGAGUUUCAUAACUGGAAUUUACAUUUACCUAUCUAUCAUUUGCAAAUAUGUUUAUUUUUUUGUCUCUAUCAGAGGGGCAGGGGGGCAGAUGUAUCGUGGCUUGCUGGAAUUGAGUGUUAAUUUUCCUCUUUUUAAGUAUUGCGAACAAAGUUAAAAAAUAGAGAACCUAUAUUGUGUAAAGAAAAAAAAAGAUUACAAUAAACUUACAAGUGUCUGCCUAUGCAUGUUUUAUAAAAAUCCGACAAAGGAAAUAGAAAAUCUUAAAACCUUGGCUGUGGAGGCCUGUUUUGAAAUAUAUUGCGCUUUAGUGAAUAUAUACUGGAAACGUAUACCUGCAUACUUUCAAUUAACACCAUGAUGCUUUACGCCUUCAACUUUUUUUUUUUUUUUGUAAUUGAAGCAUUUAUUGAUCUAUGAUGAAUGAGAAAUCAUAUUUUUAACCUGCGCUUGUCAGUGCACACAGUCCAAUUACGCAUGUUUGACAAUUCUUGUGAGGUGUGUGGUUACAUGUGGAACUCAAAAAUGCAUGAUUAGCUGUUUGUGUCAUAUAACAGGUAAACAAUGGGUUUUUGUUUUGUUUUGGUAAUGUGCCACAGGACGUGUAAUUUGACUAUGAUUACUAUGAUUAUUAUUAUUAUUAUUAUUAUUAUUAUUAUUAAAAUAUUUGGAACUCUGCUUUGUAUAUCAGUUUUAGGUUUGAUACUGCUCAAUACUUUAAGAUGAAACAAAAACAUAUGUCGAUCUUUUUUAAGAACUGCUUAAGUGCCCGAGUAAUUCACUACACGACAUGAAGCCUUGCUUUUGUAAUUUAACUUCAGAACUGUUGGCAGAUGAGGCAUGCACUUGCAACUAUGAAAAGUAUUUUAUAUAACUGUUCAAUAAAAUGUGCAUGAAUUUCAACUUGAA